ACCUGAGUUAAAACUCCGAUAUGUUAUAGCAAAAGUUUAGGGACUACGAUGAUCGAGCGAAAAGAUUAGGGACUAAAGAGUUGUUGAAAACAGAUCAGGGACUAAAUUGCAAUUGUGUGCUCAAAAAGCAGAUCUUUUUCCCGGUGUGGUUGCUAUAUCGAGAAUUGGUCGGUGAAUGGCUACUGCGAGGGUUUUCGCUUCGCCCAGUAGCGCUUCUCCGCCGCAGCAGCAGAGGCAGAAGCAGAAGCAGAAGCAGAAGCAGGGGGGGAAGUGCGUUGGAGAAGCAGUAUACGUGGCGGCGGUACCCCUGCGAGCGCCGAAGGGUCCCGCCCAGAUGCUCUUCUCCGCCGCAUACUCUUUGGGCUUUUGGGAUCUCCACCACUUCAUGGUCAUCAUCAAACCCCUCCAUUCUCAAUCCCAGGCAUAUGUUUUUGAUUUUCAACCGCAAGAUCCGGAGGAUGUGUUUGCAGCUAUUUCGGUGCCUUUGCAGAGGCCAAUACCUGGAGUCAUUCUAAAGAGGAAGCUGCAAAGGGUGCCUAAAAGUAGGUGCUGGUUCGUUGGGUUUUCCGAUAGUAAUGCUGUUGACAAGGCCAACAAAUUCAGCGAAAAGUGGCCGAGUGAUCUGAUUGUUGGUAAACAUGAUUGUCGCCAUUACACCAAUGCAACCAGGUGUUUGCUAGAGAAAUGUUUGGAGCUUUCAUUUAGGCGGGAAGCUCGAAUUUGAAGCUUCUGAUAUAUAUUCUUCAAGCUGUUGGGAAGAAUGUCAGAGGAAAGAGUCAUUAGUACUCUUUUAAACAGUUUUGCUCAACAGCACUUUACAAGAGUUCUUAACCGGCCUAAUAAACGAGUUGACAUGGUAUGAUUCUAGAGGCGUAUAUAUUAACUUACAAAAUUCUUACCAUUUCUGUAGGAUUGGUCGAAUGCUUAACCGGAGAACAAUGUGUCUUGGAGUCUCUGCAAGCAACCACCAGUUUAUAAACUUCUGCCGCAAACCCUAAAGGUCAAACAUAAACAAGUAUACUGGUGAUCAUCAGAAGUUUUCCAACACACUAAAGGUUCCUCCUGCACAUCCGCAAAGUUAAUCUCCAAUCAAAGAGGAUGACCUUGAAGCGAAAGUCUUUGUCGACGAAACACUUUUGUUUAGAUGCGGCGCGGUCUCUUUGUUAAUCUAUCUUCUUCCAGUUAUUCCUUGUACAUUAUGUAAAGGCGACACCGACUGUUCGCUUGAUGACAUUGUGUAGAUAGUGCUUCACACAGUGCUUUAAGCAAAACAAGUAUGUAAAUUGAUAAGACUACACAUCAUUUGGAAGAAAUUUCCUCAGGAUUAGUACUCCAAACUCAUUCUUUUGCU